UCGCAAAAGGUGCAAUUGUGCAGCAGGGACCCCGACGGCAUCCCCCACGUGAGAACGGAGGCGUUGACACGGGUUUUCUGAAAGAUGAAGGUCCUCUGGCCCUGGAGGAAGGUCUGGGCUGGGAAGAGCCAUCUCUGCAGGUUGUACAGGGCAGGCACCCUUCCUUCCCACGUCUCUGAGCGCUUAGCAUUUUACGAGAAGCUAAAAGCCGCCGUGAUGGAACAAUAUGCCGAACGAACCCGAAAAGAGAGCCAUCCAAUUCGGAUUUUCCUGCCAAAUGGCAAAGAAGUAGAUGGAGAGGCCUGGGUGACCACACCAUAUCAGGUGGCCCUGCAGCUCAGCCAGAGACUGGCGAAGGGCACCGUGGCAGCGCGAGUGAACGGGAGCCUCCAUGACCUGGGUCGCCCACUGGAGACCGAUGCCACCUUGGAAUUUGUGGGUUUCGAUUCUCAGGAUGGGCAGGCGCUCUUCUGGCACUCCAGUGCCCAUGUUCUAGGGGGUGCCGCUGAGCGUUUCUACAGCGCCCACCUGUGUCAUGGGCCCAGCACCGAAAAUGGCUUCUUCUAUGACAUGUAUUUGGAUGAGGAAAGGACUGUGUCCAGCAAAGACCUGCCGCAGUUGGAGGACAUCUGCAAGGCGAUCAUCUCAGAGAACCAUCCUUUUGAGCGUCUGGAGGUGUCCCGGGAGGAUGUGAUGGAGCUCUUUAAGCAUAACAAAUUCAAACUGCGGAUGAUCAAUGAGAAGAUGAACACUCCGACCACCACCGUGUACAGGUGUGGGACCUUAAUUGACCUCUGCCGGGGGCCCCACAUCCGGCAUACUGGGGAGAUCCGCGCACUGAAGCUCCUAAAGAACUCCUCCUCCCAUUGGCACGGAGACCCCUCCAAGGAGACCCUCCAGCGCGUCUACGGCAUCUCCUUCCCCAGCUCCAAGCAGCUGGCGGAGUGGGAGCGGGCUCAGGAGGAGGCCACGUGGCGGGACCACCGGCGGAUAGGCAAGGAUCAAGAACUUUUCUUCUUCCACAAACUGAGUCCAGGAAGCUGCUUCUUCCUUCCCAAAGGGGCGCACAUCUACGCCGCCCUCGUGGACUUCAUCAAGAGCGAAUAUCUCAAGCGCGGCUUCUCCGAGGUGAUCACCCCCAACAUCUUCAACUCAAAGCUCUGGGAGGUAUCUGGCCACUGGCAACACUACGCAGAGAACAUGUUCUCCUUUCAGGUUGAAGACGAGACCUUUGCCCUCAAACCUAUGAACUGUCCUGGCCACUGUCUCAUGUUCAGCCACCGCCCCCGAUCCUGGAGGGAGCUGCCUCUCCGCCUCGCUGAUUUUGGGGUCCUGCAUAGAAAUGAACCCUCAGGAGCCCUUACAGGGCUGACACGGGUUCGCCGAUUCCAGCAAGAUGAUGCCCACAUCUUCUGCUCCAUGGAUCAGCUGGAAGGAGAGAUCCAAAGCUGCCUGGAUUUUCUCCAAGCCGUGUACUCCACUUUUGGAUUCACGUUACGCUUCUAUUUCUCUACUCGCCCUGAGAAAUUUCUCGGAGAGGCUCACCUUUGGGAUCAGGCCGAGGAGCUGCUGGAAAAAAGCCUCCGAGACUUCGGACAGCCUUGGGAGCUCAGUCCAGGAGACGGUGCCUUCUAUGGGCCAAAGGUUGAUAUUCAAAUUCAGGAUGCUUUGGGACGGCACCACCAAUGUGCUACUAUUCAGCUGGAUUUCCAGAUGCCCAUCCGGUUUGAUCUCACCUACACGAGCAAGGAAGGUACGCAGGAGAGGCCAGUGAUGAUCCACAGGGCAGUACUUGGCUCCGUCGAGAGGAUGUUGGCUAUCCUGGCAGAGAACUACGGUGGGAAGUGGCCUUUCUGGCUGUCCCCGUUCCAAAUCAUGGUGAUCCCGGUUGGCCCCGACGUGGAGGACUAUGCCAGCGAGGUCCACCAGAUCUUUCACCGGGCAGGAUUCAUGGCAGACGUGGAUGCCGACUCAGGGUCAACCCUCAACCGCAAAAUCCGAAAAGCCCAGUUGGCCCAGUACAACUUCCAGUUUGUGGUCGGCCGGAAAGAGAUGACCAACCGCACCGUAAACAUCCGUAGCCGUGACGGCCACCAGCACGGUGAGCGGGAUUUACACGAGGUGCUGCACAGACUCCGCGAAUUCCAGGUCGCUCGUGUCAAAAAUGCGGAAGAGCUCUUCUGAGAGGGGCGGAUAAGGCCGUUGCUGGUUCGCAGAACAUCCACAAGCAACAACAAAAAAGCAGUCCGUGAAAGUGAAAAAGUAGUGCAUCACAUCACAGUUUCCCUGCAAACAUAGAUCUGAUGUUGUUGAGUGCAGGGACUCCUUGAGUGGCCUUGCUGUUGCCUUUCAAGACACUGGUCCUCACCAAGCUGCAUCUCUGCCGGGAUCAGCUACGGCAGUUUGCAGCCUGAAGUCAUCUGUCGGGCAGAAAUCCUGCCGGUUCACUUGCUGUGACCCCUCCGUAUAGAUCCGAGCCAGCCCUGGCCACGCGUCAAAACUCCUUGCAGCCUUCCCCGAUGGAACAUCCUUGGAAUUCUUGCAAUGGUUCAGGGUUGAUUGGCAGGCAGAGCUGCAUGUGGGACAAUGACUUGGCCACGUGAAAGGAGGGUGAGGACCCCACACUUUGGAAAGACUCUUUGUGGAAAUGAGCUUCAAGCGCCAGGUUCUCCUCUUCACUCCGGCCAGCCGGCCUGCGUUUCAUGGUGUCCCCUGCAGAGGCCUCUAAAUUAAAAUACUAAAUUUUUAAAAAAA